UGUGUGUGUUCCCUUGUUAAAAGGAUGUAAGAGUUCAACUCAAGUGGUAAGUCCUAAGACCAAGAACAGAAGCAACAAAGUUACAGUUUCUUCAGCAAUACUCAAGCAGCUUGGGCACAAAGUAAAAUGUUAACAGGCACCCUGCUAGAUCUGGGAUUGUCAUAGGAUAAGAUCAGUCUUGAAUGUACCCUUAAAUCUGAGUUUCUGGUGAUUUUUUCUUUCACAUUAACCCCCUACAUGCUUAUCUCAAAUUUUCCAUCACCUUUGCAACAGCAAAAUUGUUUUCCUUUCAUUCUCUUUUCCCUGGAAAACAUGACAUGUUUGGUAAAACAUCAAAUAGAAGGCUGAUUGACAAAGCUAUCCUUCCUGUUUGAUUCAGACAAACCUAAUUACAGCAAUCAUGUAUAUCUUUACACACAUCAAAUUAAAUCUCCUCUCCUACUUUUCAACCAAAUUGGUUGCUGAAGCAGCUGCUAAGUUUGUGCAGCUAAAAUUAGACAUUGCACCUAAUCUCAUUCUCUGAAAACCACAAUAAAAACCCUCUCUAUCCCCUCCUUGAGACAUUAAACACUUGAACAAGUAGCACUUGCAUAGUUGCAUUUGCAUUUCUUUUCACAGCUCCAAGGUCAACAAAACCCCAAAAAAACUCAAGCAAGAUGAAGCAACUAAUUUCCUUCUCAUUUUCUCUUGUCCUUCUCUUCCUCCACUGCACCCAAACACUAUCCCAGCCACCAAAUGCAGCACCAGCAAAAGCACCUGCUGCAGCCACUGUGCCGCCACCAGCUGCAACGUCUGCUCAAGCCUCGCCACCUGUUAUGGUUCCUGUACAAGUUUCAAAAGGCCCUGUCAAUGUCAUUAAAAUCCUCCAGAAGGCUGGCCACUUUGCGUUCUUCACCCGCCUUAUAAAAUCCACUCAAGAGGACAUCCAAUUAUUCUCUCAGCUCAAUGACUCGAGAGAUGGGGUCACCGUCUUUGCCCCAACUGAUGGUGCCUUUUCGGCCAUUAUCAAAUCUGGUGUUCUUAACUCCUUGACUGAUCAUCAGAAGAUCGAGUUGGUACAAUUUCAUAUAAUACCAAGAAUUCUGACAACUGCCAAUUUUCAAACUGUCAGCAACCCUAUAACAACACUGGCAGGAUCUGGUAAUCGUUUCGCACUUAAUGUGAUAACUACAGAAAAUAUGGUAAAUGUAACUACGGGACUUACCAAUACAAGCGUAUCGGCAAUUGUAUACACAGAUAGCCAGCUUGCUAUUUAUCAGGUUGACAAGGUGCUACUUCCUUUAGAUAUUUUUGCCCCUAAACCUCUUGCUCCUGCACCAGCACCACCAAAGCCUAAAAAGGAUGAUGGCGCAGAGAGUCCUAUGGUUCCUGAAGAUACUUCUGGUUCAGUAAUAUGCAUGGUGCAUAAUACUCUGCUCAUGUUUGGAGUUGGCUUAGUUGCUGCUGCUAUUCCUUUGUGACCCUCAAGUUUUGACAAGGUAUCUUGGAGUGUGGUCAUUUCUUCACCAGUGGUUCAUGAUUUUGCUGGUUACAAUGAACGGUCGUGUUCAACUGUUUAAAUGCUUUGAAAAAUUGUCAUAUCCACUCAAUUUUACUCGUUUUGUGAAUAACUGUGCAUUUAAUUCAGGAUUUUUAUUGUUCA